ACUACGCCGGAACGCGAUGGCAGGGCCGUCCAUCGUGACAAUCGCGCUGGCGCUCGAGAAAAACUUUCCAGCUCCGAAAAGACUCGUAGAGUUGAAAUUUCCAAGAAGAUGGGCACGCGGAAAUGAUUCGAUGACACUUAUUCAGGAUGAUAAAAGCGCGACUGAACUCGUCCGGAGCGAUAUUUCGGUCAAUUAAUAGCGUAGGCAAUUAUUAACGACAUGCCUGGAGCGUUUAUCGAUGACUACAGCAUUAAUCGCGACUGAUCGACCCUGGAGCGUUUAUCGAUGACUACAGGAUUAAUCGCGAAACAUCUCCGUUUGGAUCUCUGUUACUGGUACCUCUCCCCCCGCCACUCGUUACGGCACUGGGCGUGGAUUGCUCCGAAUCAAAAGGGACGCGCGGCGACACGACAAUAACGACUUUGCUCAAUAAGUGCCUUUGUACAGCGUGUAUAGCUGUGUAGUAACAAUCUGCAAGACGACGGAAAAGAGAAUGUCUUGCUGCACCGGCAAAAAUGAGGAACGCGUCGAGCCCACGCGGGUGCGAGGAUGCACGGAUGUUUUCUGGCUAUGCCUCUUUAUAGCAUUCUGGUUUCUUAUGAUUUUGAUUGCUGCCUUUGCAAUAGUCUAUGGUAAUCCCUUACGGCUUAUAAAUGGAUAUGACAGUUUCGGAAACACGUGUGGUACGAAGAAUCCAAAGUUUGGUAGCAUGGAACUUUCUGGGCAGGAUACCAGUGACAAACCAUACUUAUUCUUCCUGGACAUAUAUAACGUUACUCAGUCAUUAAAAAUUUGCGUGAAACAAUGUCCUGACAAAGUCUUGGAAAACAUAAAUGAUAUUUGUACAUUUUAUAAAGAAACGGGAUCACAAUUAUGCCAUGACAGACCAGGUGGUGAUUUCAGUGCAUGUAACAGCGAAAGUAGCAAAUUCAAGAACGGAUCUUGUCCCAAGCUGCCAGUUUACUCUAGUAUACCCGUUUUAAAUCGCUGUAUUCCUAAGGCAGUCAAGGAUGUGAGCGAAACGAUAAUAUCGAAUUUAUAUGGCUUAAUUAAUUCGUGGGAUGUUAUCGAACAAGUUUUGGGAGAUUUGUACAAAACCUGGAGGCAGAUUUUAGGGCUAUCUUUUCUUGCUUGUCUUUUAUCACUUUUUACAAUAUCCAUCUUUCAUUUACUGGCAAAUAUUGUGACAUGGAUUAUAAUUAUACUCGUGAGUAUUGCUUGCACAGGUGGCACAAUUCUUUUAUGGAUAACAUAUAUUGAUAUAAAGAAGACUUUGGACAAAACUGAUCCAAAUGAACUUCUUGAAGAAUCUGUCCGAAAUGAAAGAGCGUUUCUCGCAUUUUCCAUUAUUGCUACUAUUAUCACUAUUAUUUUACUAUUUCUUUCAUGCAUACUACGCAAACGCAUCAGUUUUAUGGCAGCACUAUUUAAAGAAAGCGCAAAAUGCUUGAGAGAAUUACCCGGGUUAUUUUUUGAACCAAUCUUAACAUUUAUAACUUUAAUUAUAUUUUUUGCUUUUUGGGUAUUUGUAAUUCUUUGUCUCGCAACAGCUAAUUAUCCCGAAACAAAAUCAGUACAAAUGUACGAAAACCAUAUAUUUGAUUCUUUCAAUUUAAGUUCACUUGGUAAAAAUGCUCCAUUAAUUGAAGAGAAAAAGAUAGACUUUCCUUUCGAAAGUUUUAAAACAUUUACUCUUGUGGAAUAUGUUGAUGCAACUUGGGUAAAAUACAUGUGGUGGGUGUAUCUUAUCGGCCUAAUAUGGACAUCUGAAUUUAUUGUUGGAUGUCAAACCAUGGUAAUAUCGGGUUCUGUUGCCCACUGGUACUUUAGAGGUAAAAAUGCCAGUACAUCUCCAGUGUGUUCAUCUAUAGGACAUUUGGCCUGCUAUCAUUUAGGAUCUGUAGCAUGUGGAUCAUUUUUGAUAACCAUUUUUAAAUUACCCAGACUAAUUUUAACAUAUUUACAUACCAAAUUUGAAAAGACCAAGGAAACAUCUCCAUGCUCUCAAUGUGGUUUGAAAUGUUGCAUUUGCUGUUUCUACUGUUUAGAAAAAUUUAUUCGAUAUAUGAAUCAUAAUGCAUAUACUGUUGUUGCUAUUGAGGGUACCCAUUUUUGUGAUGCAGCUAAAACAGCCUUCACAACACUCGUCAGUAAUGCUCUGCAAAUAGCGGUGAUAAACGGAUUUGGCGAUUUUAUAUUGUUCUUGGGAAAAUGUUUCGUCACGGCCACAACUGGAAGCGUCGCAUUGCUCUUGAUGAGACAAGAUCCCAAGUUGCACUUUUACGCUAUUCCAAUCUUUAUUGUUUGCGUUUUUUCAUUCUUCAUCGCUCAUUGUAUAAUUUCCCUUUAUGAGACUGUUAUUGACACGCUAUUCCUAUGUGUAUGCGAGGAUAAAAACUUGAAUGGUGAGAAUGGAAAAUGGCGCCAAUCUGCGUUAGCACAAAUCGGAGCUUCUAGCAGCAAUGCGAAUGGCCAACAGUCCCAUGAAAUGACACCGAUAAAUGAAUAAGUAUUUGUCGACUUGUAUGCAUAUUUUUUAUACACAUCUUUUCGUACGCACAUCUUUUUUUAUAUUGUUAGAAUAUUUGUUUUUAUG